AGUGUUUACCUUUCAUUUUAUGUUUCAGUUUGUUUUACCGCAUCGUUAAAACACCCGUGCUCGUAUCCACAACAAAAUGUUUCUGUUCAUUUCCUCUGUCGCAGCAUUUUGCACGAAAGACUCGGACUGCCUAGUCCGUUCACGCCCUGACAUCCAUUCUCUGUACUGUGUGAAUAACACGUGUCAGAAAUUGCUGAGUGCCGGCAAAAAUUGCACAAAGCCAUCGGAAUGCGCUUCAUACUUCUACUACGGACCUCUGGCGUGUAGUGCGCGCUGUCGUGCAGAGAGCGAGUGCGAGUACGACGAGUUGAAGAGUGUCAACAGCGUGUACUGCUGCAGGGCUGUGCCCGAGGGAAAAGAGUGCAAUCCUGGCCGGCCUAACCUGCUAAACGGGUGCGAGAGCAAGCAUGGGUGCGUACAGGUUGAUGGCGUGCACAAGUGCAUGGGCAAGAACAUGGGUGCGUGGUCGCUGGGCGUGUAUCUGAGCGUACAGGGCAAUCUGUGCAUCAACAUCGGCCUCAAUCUACAAAAGCGCAGCUAUCACAGCCCGUAUCUCAGGAUACGUGGCGUGAGCGUGUCCAUGUUCUACAUUGGUGUGGUGGUGUAUGUGGCUGGCAAGGUGUCCGGGUUCAUGAGCUACAUAUUCGGCAACCAAAGUCUCCUUGCAUCGCUCGGCGCAGUCGGUCUGAUCGCCAAUUCCGUCUUUGCUCCGCUCAUCAACAGCGAGGUGUUCACGUGGAAAGACUUCAUGGCCAUUGUGUUUGUACUCACGGGCUCGUCCGUCAUUCUCAUGAACAGCGGCCGGUCGCACAAGACGUUCACGCUGUGUGAGCUGCUCAAAAUGUACCAGAAAAAGGAGACCCUCGUCUGGUUUGGCGUGAUUGUGCUGCUCAUUCUGUCUCUGUUCCUGCUUGUCAAGUUCAUCGAGGUGAACUCGGAAUGGUCGUUCACCGACGACCUUUUUGACUUUAUGAAACGCGACCGGGUGUAUUUUGAAGAGACAGGACGCAUCCUGAAGUACAGCAUGGUGGUGCUGUACGUGGGACUGAGCGGUAUUAUUGCAAGUUUUACGACGCUAUUCGCCAAAAGCUUCGGCGAGAUGGUCGAUCAGACAUUGCUGGGCGACAAUCAAUUUUUGUACGGAAUCACGUACCUAUUUUUCGCCAACAUCGUUCUUUUCACGGGUCUGCAGAUAUUUUGGAUGAACAAAGCGCUCAGACACUACGAUGCCCUGCUCGUUAUUCCGCUGUUUUUUGUUAUAUGGACGCUCUUCAGCGUGCUCACGGCAGGUAUCUAUUUCCAGGACUUUGAGUACUACACGUUAGACCAGUUCAAAGGAUUUGUGUACGGAUUGGUGAUCAUCAUGGCAGGAUCGUUUUUUCUUGUGAGCCGGGUUAUGAACAGCGAUCGGGUGGUUGGAAGGGAGAGCGGUGUGAAGAAGGUGCCAAAAAAGAAGGAAAAGACGGACACUGAGCAGAAGUAAGCGAUGAGAGCGUGGAAUAAGAGAAUAUGUGUGAUUGGGAGUGAAGUGGAAAAGAAUGACAAGAACUUGGUGAACAAGAGCGUGGAAUAAGAGAAUAUGUGUGAUUG